AUGCUUUUGUCUCAUGUUAUCCUCAUUCCCGUUCCAUUCCAACUAAUCACUUCAGCUACUAGUAUUGUUUAUAUUGGUUCAACCUUAUCACUAAAACUAAAACACGCACGUGAAGCAAGUGGUGAAAAGAAUGAAGAAGUGAUGAAAGCCGAAGAUGCCUAUAUGUUUCCUCUAUUAGGAUCGGGUGUUUUAGUUGGAUUAUAUCUUCUUUUUAAAAUAUUUGACAAGGAUUUGGUAAACCUUUUAUUGACUGGAUAUUUUGCACUUGUUGGGGCGUAUAGUUUGACUGAAGCUUUUAGUCCAUUUGUAUUGAAUUUGUUGUUUCACGGACAUUCCAAGACCUAUCGACAUCAUAUGAAAGUACCAUUCUAUGGGCUCUAUAAGCUUGAAUUAUCUCAAGCUUGGAUCGUCACGUUUCUAUUUGCAGCAGCAUUCGCAGCUCUUUGGUUCCAGACGAAACAUUAUUUGCUGAACAAUAUCUUUGGCAUUUCCCUCUCCAUUAAAGGAAUUGAGUCACUAUCACUUGGCAGUUUCAAAGUCGGUGCGAUCUUACUCUGUGGUCUCUUCUUUUACGACAUCUUUUGGGUCUUUGGUACGGACGUUAUGGUUACAGUAGCCAUGUCAUUUGAGGCACCGAUUAAGCUCAUUUUUCCACGUGCAUUUGCUACUGACACGGAAAAGCAACAGAAUUCAAUCUUGGGACUUGGUGACAUUGUGAUCCCUGGCAUCUUUGUCGCGCUGCUACUACGGUAUGAUGCACAUCGUGCGAACGUGACCAACACCAACCAGUCAUUCCCCAAACCUUUUUUCAACGUGAGUCUGCUCUUCUACGUUCUGGGUCUUGUUGCUACUGUAGCAGUCAUGAACAUUUUCAAUGCUGCACAGCCAGCGUUACUGUAUCUGGUGCCGGCGUGUCUGGGCUCUGCACUAGUCACUGCAUUUGUCCGGGGUGAGUUCAAGGAGCUGAUUGCGUACUCGGAAGAGGAGGAAGAAGACGAGGACAGUGAUAAGCAAAACGACGAAAAGGACGCGAAGGACGACAACGACAAGGAGACGAAGAAGUCCAAGUAG